GUUCAGAAUCGGAUUCUCUGCUGCAGCGCGCCUCACACUUGCUCGAGUCGCUUCAAACGGUGCGGUAGUGUGUUGUUCUCUCCGUGUUGUCGUCUUCGUCGUCGUCGAGUUCCGCUGAACUCCGCUGUGUAACGCGGACGCGUUUGGGCCGAGAUUUGCUGAGUGUAUGUUUUUAAAGGGAAAUAAUAGAUGUUGGUUUGUGUUGUGUGUUACAGCUGUGCAGAUAAAAGAACAAAAAGAUUGUUUUGUUGUGCAAACUGAAACAAUAGCCGCGUUUGUUUGUUGAAGUAGGCCUAGAUGACGCCGCUGUCGCGACGAUCCAAGUAGUCGCGAGUGUGUUUUCUGUGGUGUGUCGCGAGAAAUUGUGAGUAAGAAAAGUUGGCCGUGAUUUUGGGUGCAUCGUAGUUGAAGUCGCGAGUUUUAGAGGUUCAGCAAGAUGCCUGACCACGAUAUAGAGAUCAUUACGAGUGAGCAGUUGCACGGGGAGCUGCGAAAGUCGCACAAGAAUUUUAUCAUCCUCGACUGUCGCAGCUCGAAUGAGUUCACCGAGAGUCAUAUCCGGACGGCGGUUAACUUCAGCAUUCCCAGCAUAAUGCUGCGCCGAUUCGCCGCUGGCAAGAUCGACAUCACCUCGACUAUCAAGUGCCGCGACCUGAAGGAAAGAAUCCUCUCCUGCUACAAGGAGAGCACCUUCGUGUUGUACAACAAUAGCAACGAUGUGGUGAUCAACGAUCCUGGCUACAACAAUACGACGAAUGACACUACCAUCAACGUGUUGCACAGAAAACUUAAGCAAGAUGGCUGCCGUGUGGUGUGUCUUGAAGGCGGCUAUGCCAACUUUCGGCAGUCGUUUCCGGAGUGGUGCGAGGAUGAAGUGCCCGCCAACCUGCAGUCGGGAUGUCCCGAGCAACUGAUGGGACUGAGAUCGCUCCGCAUCUCGAUCCCGUUCUCGGACUCGACGUGCAGCAGCAGCACCGACUCGGACUGCGAGAGCACAACGAACUACAUCGCCGAACCGGUCAACGUCGAGCCGGUCGAGAUUGAGAAGGGCCUCUUCCUGGGGAACGCCUCCCACAGCGAGGACCUCAAGUCGCUGAAAAAGUACAACAUUAAGUAUAUCUUGAACGUGACUCCCGAUCUGCCAAAUGUUUUCGAGCGCGAUGGGCACAUAAAGUAUCUGCAGAUCCCGAUCACGGACCACUGGUCGCAGGAUUUGGCCGGUCACUUUCCAAAUGCAAUAAAGUUUAUCGAUGAGGCCCGGUCCAAGGGUGCUGGCGUGUUGGUGCACUGCCUCGCCGGAGUGUCCCGGUCGGUGACGGUCACGCUGGCCUACAUCAUGUUCGCGCGGACGCUGAGCCUGAACGAUGCGUUUUCGCUGGUGCGGGCACGCAAGCCGGACGUCUCGCCCAACUUCCACUUUAUGGAGCAGCUGCAAUUCGAGCGCCAGCUCAACAUCGAGGCCGGCCACCGGGCAAAGCUGAUUCCGGGCGGUUGUUCGUCCGCGUCAACGCCCUCCUCGUCCUCGAUCAGCAGUGGUAGUGCCGCAUUUCCCUCGUCCAGUGGGCUCCAGCGUAACCUGUCCGCAGAUCAACCUCCGACGGCCCACGAUCGGGGCUCCGGAACCGGUCCGCGAACCCACAUGGGCAAGUACAGCUGCACCUGCUUCGAGGUGGAGUGCAAAUGCAACCAAGCGGCCAUCGAACUGCUCGGACCGUUCAGCAGUGGCAUUUCACCCGACUCCGGCAUCGAGUUCGACCGGUGGACGCCCAGCAGUAAUACUCCUAAAUGAGGUUUUGCCGUAGAGACCAGGUUCACUCUUCCAGACCCGAUCCAACAACUGCCAACGGGCGCCACAGACGGUGGUGCCGAACUUUCCUCCGAGCAACAGCCGCAGCAGUAGAGACCGUCAAUCUGGAAGGGAGAACUUUCUCUCUACACACACACAGCCACAACCACACACAGUUUGAAUUCCCUCAAACGGAAGUUUUUUGAAUGUGCACAAAACUCACGUGCCCAAAAACAAACAAAAAAAAGAUCCAGUUCCAAACCUCUGGGACGAAACCGUUUUUAAAAAGUCACAGUCCACGUGGUGAUCGUAGUAGGCCGACACGGCAAGCAAAACGCGCGCGCCAGCGUGCUCGUCUUUUUUAUUCGAUUGUGACGUGAGGAUUGCUAGGACCAAACAACGGCGUGAAAUUGCAAAGGCCACUACGAUCCUCGAAACUCGAGAAGAGCACAAAUGUUUUUAUUUUUGGAUUUGGUGUUGUUGUUGUUGUGUGAGCAGCGCGCGGCCGCACGACGCCACGUGGACACUCGGUUUUUUGAUAUUGUUUUCUUUUUUGGCCUAGCGAUUAGAGAACCAACACACACACACGUUUUUGGACCCAAGCUUUGAACCCAAUUUUGAUGAUCGCCACGUGCAACCGAGUCAGGAAAAAACGAAAACAAACAAUUCAGAUUUAGAAAAACAAACAACACAUUGUGUGUAAAAUUUAUAAUGCAGCAAUUUUCUAAAAAUCCAAUUUAUGAGAGAAACUAAGCGGAAAAAAACCAUUUCAUUGCUAAGAAAUUACAUCUAAAUAGUAUAUAACUUGAGCAUAGCCGAGCAACGGCAACAAAAAAACGUUAAUCGCUAUAUUUAUAUAAUAUAACAGGAAGGAGAAAAAAAAAACAAAAUAUACAGACUGCAGGUGCAGUCCGCCACAAACUAAAACAAUUAAACUACAUAAUAUAAUAGGGAGCUUUUGAAUAAAGAAAAAAAAAAACAAACAGCAAAGAAAAAGCCAGAUUUUUGCAUACUAAGUGCGAAAGAUUAAUCGUUGCUACUCCUAAGCCAGAUAUAUAUAGUUUAAACAUUAAAAAUCAAAAACAAACAAACGAAAAUUGUAUUACCUUAUGCUGGUUAGUAAUGAACUAAAAUUAAUAACCACAGAAUAGAGUGACAAACAGAUAAUUUAGAUUAUACACAAGAAUAAAAAGCGAAAAAAGUUUAUUAUUUAUGUUGAUCUUUAAUUAUUGUCAAAAAAAACUAAUCCAGCUGCGUGUCGUCAGCCAAAAUCAAAACUACAAAGUAAAAUUAACAAACAAAAAAAAAACUCGUGUUUAAAUCUAAACUCAACAAAUCAAGUUGUCAAAGCGAUGCAAAUUGUUGGUUUUACACCAGUUGAAAGAAAGCGAGAGACUAAAGUCUUAAUUAUUAUGAAUUCCAGUUCUAACCGAGUAAUGGCGCGAUAGGUAGAAGAGAGAGAGAAAUAGUUACAAAAAAAGCACAGAAGCAAACAGACACAAACAUGUUUUCACACAAAAAAAACACAAACACACACAAAAAAGAAGAAAAUAAAGUCUAAAUGAAAAUAGUUCCCGAGUACUACUAAUAUUGAUGAAUUGAACAAACAGAACAAACAGGAGUUGUAUGAAUGAGAAAAGCGGGUGGCUUUUAUAGCCGCGCGGUAAGCCAGAUUGAUUAUAUUUUCGAUUGAAACUAGAUGGGUAUGGAAGGAAAUUGUAGAAAUAUAUUCAUGAUAUUUAUGUCAAUAGUA